GACGGUGGCGUAGAAAGCCAGCAGCAACGCACACUGCGACUCCGAUGUUUAUUUCAAGGAUCCAGUCAGUCAGUCGCUCGUGCGAGUAAGAACCUGUCAAAGUUCAUUGACAAAGGCUGCAUUCGUCUUUGUUGAUGGAGUGUAAAUAAUUUACGCACACAAUAGAAUUUCGUAAAGAGAAAUUCGUGAAAAAACGUGACGCGUGCCUGCAGUUUAUCUGAAAACUGUGACGGGCACUCGAGUUAAUUGCAUCUCGUGAACUAGAAUAUCCAUAUCAUCGAGCUACAUCUGUCAGUCGUUACCGUUGUUUUGCCAUUGAACUCCAAAAUUAAGUGACGUAGUUGUAAAAUCCAAUGCAGGGCCGCAAUUUUUCGACAAUUGCAGCUUUCAAAAAUGGCAGACAUGGAUUCAUUGGUAGGACUGUUCGACCCAGGAGAGAGUAAACCAAGAAGGAGCAGAAAAUCUUGGCAUGAAUCAAGCAGUGGUUCUUCAGAUUUAAAUAAUGGCACAUGUGAAGAAUUUUUGCCACCGGAACCUGAGCAAGGGAAUGUAGAGUACAAAUUGAAAUUAAUAAAUCCCUCCAGUGAAAGAUUUGAACAUUUGGUAACGCAAAUGAAAUGGCGUCUACAAGAAGGUCAAGGAGAAGCUAUUUAUCAAAUUGGUGUAGAAGACAGUGGCAGAUUAGCAGGGUUAUCAAAAGAAGAUAUGAAAGCAUCAUUGAAAACACUGAGAGAAAUGGCUAAUAGAUUAGGAGCAACAACAAGUGUAAUGAGGGAACGUUUAACUAAGCCUAAGCCUACUUAUAAUAAUAGCAAUGGUAAAAAAUCAAAAGCGAGAAACAACAGAGGUGAAGAAAAAAGAGUCGCAGAAGUACUAAUAAGAAAACUGAGGAAAGAUGAUAGAGAGGAUGAAUGUGUAAUUGAUUUACGAUUAGCAGUCAUGGGUGGUCAAGAUGCAGGAAAAUCAACUUUAUUAGGUGUUAUGACACAAGGUGAAUUAGACAAUGGUCGGGGGAGAUCUAGACUUAAUAUGCUAAGGCACCUGCAUGAAAUUAGAACUGGACGUACCUCGUCAAUUUCUCAUGAAAUUAUUGGCUUUGAUAAUGAAGGUCAUGUUUUAAAUUAUGCUGAAAUGACUACGGCAGAAGAAAUAUGUGAACAUGCAUCUAAAGUUGUCACCUUUAUAGAUUUAGCAGGACACAGAAAAUAUUUAAGAACGACACUAUUGGGCUUAACAGGUUAUUCACCCCAUUAUGUGAUGCUUGUUGUUGCACCACCUGUAAAUGAAGUUGUACAAGAGCAUAUGGCUUUAUGCUUAGCCCUCCGUUUACCUUUCUUUGUUGUAGUGACAAAAGUUGACUUGGGUUAUUGUAAUCCACAAGAUACUCUUGUACAAUUGCAAAAUAUGGCUAGAGUUCAAGGCUGCAAUCAGAAUUUCAUUUUGCAUACUAACAAUAACAAUGAUAGUUCUAUUGGUAAUCCUGAUGUAAUACCAGUUUUUCCUGUGAGCUGUGUAACUGGAGAAGGAUUGAAUGAACUGACGAUAUUUAUCAGAGAUUUGUCUCCAUUAGAAUCAGUUCCUCCUGAUUCAGAUCCAGAUUCUUGCCUAUUUCAAAUAGAUGAAACUUUUAGAGUGGCUGGAUCAUCUGAACCUAUAUUAGCUGGAUUGCUUGUGAAAGGUGCAAUGGAACUUGGAGCAAGACUUCUAGUCGGUCCAUCACCAGGUGGAGAAUUUAGUCCUGUAAAGGUAGUUAGUCUACACCGUAAUAAGGCACCGUGCUGUCUUGUACGAGCUUCCCAAAGUGCUAGUUUAACAUUGGCACCACCCUCUAAACGAGACCCUCCUUUACCACAUCUACGGCCUGGUAUGGUACUAGUUUCAAUAAGAGAUCAGCCACGCGCUACUCUCUACUUCCAGGCCACUGUGAUAGUCGUAUAUCAUGCUACGGCAAUUUAUCCAGGAUAUCAAGCAACAGUGCACAUUGGUAAUGUGCGACAGACAUGUAUAAUCGAGGGAAUAAUGGAUAUGAAGCAAACUGGUCUCCAAACCAAUGAUACUGCAUCAGUAUUAUUUAAGUUUCUUAAUCAUCCAGAAUAUCUACACGUCGAAAUGAGCUUACUCAUGCGAGAAGGUCGUACGAAAGCUAUUGGAAAAGUGACACAAGUUUUUCCUCUUGAUAAUACGCAAAAUAACGAAGUUUAAGUUAACAGAAAACAGUAAUUUCUUUCUUAAAAAUUAAAUUAUUUAAAUAAUACUUGGAAAAAACUUUGAAAAGUCUAAAACAAACUCAAUUCAAUCACAUACGUUAAUAUAAAUAGAAGUAGUUUUGUUUUGAGCUGUGAAAAAAGUCGUUUCGUUUUAAUAUAAAUAUAUAUUCUACGACAAUUUAAAAGAUUUAAAAAGUAUAUAAAUAUUUAAAGUUACAGACAAAGACCUAUAAUUUUUACAAAGUAUUAAAAUAUAUCCUAUAAGAUGAAUGUAUAAUUUGACAAAUUUGACUUCUUGAUUCGAUUGUUAUCGAAUAUUCGAUAAUAAUGAUUGAAAUGUAGAGUAAAUGAUAGUUCCAGACACUUGAAACUCAAACCUACCAUUCUGAACUUUUUUCAAAGCAAUAUAAUUGUUUAAUUUCUUAUAAAUCAAAAUACCUUGAACAUUACUCUCGUAUUUUUUUCAUUUAACAAAGAGCUUUAAUCAUAAAAUUUGAAACGCUUCAAAAGUAAGUUCAAAAAUAUUUAUUUAUUCUCAAAAAAGAGGAUGUGUUUAAUAAAUCCAUUGAAAAAAUGUUGAAUUCCAUACAGUGUCUAAAAACUAGAACAUUUACCUUGUUAAGUCGGUUUGUACAUUUACUUGAAUUUCAACGUUGAAAAUACUGUAGAACCAUGCAACAAGGACAUUCAAGUGAAUAAUUAGACUUACCUAAGAGAAAAUUCAAGUAUUUUUCCAAUACGAUGUUUCCCUUUGUAAGAACAUUUCAACCGACAAAAGUUCUACUUUGCCAAAAGUAAAUCUAUGUCAUUUAGGACAUUUUCAGAUUUAUCAGAUUUUCCGAAUUUUACAAAAAAAAAAAUCAAAAGAACCACGACCAUUCAACACUUUUAAACUGUAGAACUUGCAAAAUUUUAUUCAUUAACAGUUUGUACGAAACGUGUGUUUUUUUAUUCGAUCGCAGUGAAAGUCGACGAAUUACAAUCGUGCUCGCAAGAGUACGCUCAAUUCCAAAAUACCUAUAACUUUGUAAAUAAAACUGAUGAGUCGUGUGUGUAAAGGAAUUAUAGUGCUUUUCACUUUCUAGACAUUUGUUCAUAGAUACACAGUACAUAGUUGCACGAAGUUGCUCUUUUAUUAUAUUCUAAUAAUCAAUGGUUGAUUGCAUAGUCUUUCUUUCUUUGAAAAAAGAGAAAAAUUAUAAACAAACAAAGUUGUUCACAUUGUACAUUACACAAUUACUUAAUGUAAUAUCUUGUAUCGUUCGUUUUUGUAAAACGAUUUACAAACUCUUGGUGAAAAAUAAAAAUUAAAUUAAUAUCUUUAAAA